UGGGCGAAUUCACACAAGUCAUAUACAAAAUCACGAAACAAUUUGUAUUGCAAAACAAAUCACCUGCACAAAUUUUCCACAAACAUUUUCUAGGUGAUUCAGUUUCCUACAAAGGUGAAUAAAUACACAGAGUGACAGAUGGGCCAAGUUAAGAGCCAGUUCACUGAAGAGGAACUGCAGGACUACGAAGAUCUGACCUACUUCACCAAGAAGGAAAUUCUAUAUGCACACAAGAAAUUUAAGAGUCUCGCCCCGGAAAAAGUCGGACACAAUAAAAACGCUCGUUUAUCAAUGAAUAAAAUUCUGCAGUAUCCGGAGCUUCGUGUGAACCCAUUCGGUGACCGAAUUUGUAAGGUUUUCAGCUCUAACAAUGGGGAGAUUUCCUUUGAAGACUUCCUGGACAUGAUGUCGGUGUUUUCGGAUGCCGCACCCAAAUCAGUGAAAGCUGAACAUGCAUUCAGGAUUUUUGAUUUUGAUGGAGAUGAUAUGAUCGGGAAAAAUGAUCUCAAACAAGUGAUACAGAGGUUAACGGGAUACAACAAUGCCCUCGGUGACGGAGAUAUUGAUCAGCUGAUAACAAACAUUCUUGAGGAAGCAGACUUGGAUGAUGAUGGGGCUCUUUCUUUUGCAGAAUUUGAGCAUAUAAUUGACAAAUCUUCAGAUUUUACCAACUCCUUUCGUAUUAGACUAUGAACAUCCGUCUCAAGUAAAUAGGAUAUAUGACAUGUAAUCUCUUCCACAUCUCAUAGCGACGAAAUUUACUCGAAUAUACAAAACUUUUCGUUUAGAUCUUUUUAUUGCUAUCUUUUUUUCUGUUGAUUGUGAUUUACAAAUAAAUGCUAGCGGCUUAUAA